GUUUGGCUUGACCUUUGUCAAUGUUAUAUAAAUGAUCGAGUUCAUUAAGUGUUUUGUUCAAACAGUGUCAGCUACAGUCAGUGUGCGAAGAACUCUUUAGAUUUUAACACUUUUUUAUUUACACCGAGGUAUGUUCAUGGUGUUACAUUACAUGUGUAGAAUAUAGGGUUGUGAGUAUUUAUAGGCACACGUGUCUACUGUCUAGUGACUUACGAAUACUGUCACGAGAUUUCAGUAUAUUGUUUAUGUAUUGUGUUUUCCUGAACAUGCCACCAAUUUUCUUUGGCGAACAAUUCUAGUGAAUUUUUACUUGUUUCUUUGUAUAGUGAUUACAUUUGGUAGGAAUCUUCAAGAUUUUUUGCGAUGUCGGACGCAAUCGGAGAGGAAACAGAUAAUAUGGAAUUACAACCACUUGUAUACGAGAACGAAGGUAAUUAUAUUCUAUAUCCUGAUCACCUGCAUACGAUGAAGUCAAUAUAAUCCCCUUUAGGCUUUAAAGUCUAACUCAGCUGAUUAAUAUGGUUUAGGGAAAUUGUAUUCAACAAAGCCAAUGAAACAGACCAAGAGUAAUGAGCCCACAGAUCAUAGCAGUGAUGAGUUUUUCGUUUUAUCAUUAAGCUAAACCGAAAACCGAGCGACAAAAAUCGUGUGUGACCAGCCUGAUUGGCAGAUUGGCUGGUUUAAUAAGCGUUUAACCACAAUAUGCCAAAUUCACGGUUCAAAACUUCCCGUUAUGAUCGCCAACUAUAGUCUAUGGACAUGCAAAGCACACCCUCGUAUUUCGCACUGACAUAAAAUAGUCCGCAGUUUUUUCAGCAACUCGUGAGGCAUUUAUAGUCAUCUUAACAGCAUGCGAUUCCCAUUUAUCACUAUCUAUCAAAACAUAAAAGCAGCGGAUUUCCAAUUUCAACAAUCUAGAUUUUACAAACUUUCUUGCAACAUAAUUAAGAGGAAUUUCUGUCUGUUUUAAGCGGAAAUUACAACUAUACUUUAUGCCGGAACCUUACACACGGUUUUACAUAAAUAUUAAUGAAGAGGCGUUCAUUUUAUCUUGCAAAAUCGAAGUGAACUUUGAUUUGGACAAGUACUGCUUUCGGAAAUCCGCAAUGUUAAACAUUGACAAGCUGUUCAAAAUUAAGAAUUUCACUUUCAGCAAGAUUUUUAAAUAAAGGACCAGUAUUUUAAUUCGUCAUAACUUACCCGUACAACUCUUUUCUGUAACACAAUAUCAGAGAUUUCAGUGCUAAAUUGCUAAUAUAUCACAAUUUGACGUCUAAAUUGGGCCUUAAUUAUUAUUACAACAUUUUUAAAUUUAGAUAUUAUAGCUCAACGCCCCGAACGUGAAACAAAUGGCGGAAUAAAAUCACCACGAGAUCACACUGUUCCACCAGACUCAGUAGAUGGAACGCAAAACAAUGGCCCAGUCGAAAUCCCCGAGAUAUUUUCACCGGGAGUAGGCGAUACAUACAUUGUUCCCCUGCCUACUUUGGCAUCAAAUCCUCGACCUCGACCAGGUACUGAACGUAGACAAAGACGCUACCCUGGCAUGGAUGAGACUGAUUAUGAAGGUAUUAAAGACCCCACUACAGAUCAUGAAGAUGAACAGGAGCCUAGAAAUUCAGGUCUUCAUCCAUGUCAGACUGAAGGAAUGGUUGAGGCAUCUUUGAGCCCAGAUGAUGCAACAACAGCGAGGUGUUUUCUGUCCAAGUCAAGCUAUCUUCAGAAGAAAUGCAAUGAACUCUUUUUUGCUGUUUGUUACCACCAGAAGGAGAAAAUGGAUGAAAUUUUGAAUGGUGGUGAGUGGGGAACGUUUUUAUCGGUGUAUCAGUGACGGUGAUAGAUUGUAGUAGUGCCAAUGUUGUUGUUGUUGUUGUUGUUGUUGUUGUUGUUGUUGUUGUUGUUGUUGUUGUUGUUGUUGUUGCUGUUGCUGCUGCUGCUGCUGCUGUCGAAUAUUGCAAACUAAUAAGAAAACUUAAUAAAAAUCAUUGAAUUGUUUCUUUUGAUUACAGAAGAAUCCAGCACACUGGUUAAAUUAUUAACAUGGCCAGAUACAAAUGGUCGACCAUGCAUCAUGCAAGCCAUCACCAGACAAAGUUUAAAUUGCAUUCGACCACUUUUGGAGCAUUUAAAAACACUCGAUUUUUAUUCUUUCGGAAUGAACAAAAUGGACGCCCUUCAAUCACAAUGCGACGGGAAAAACAUUUUACAUGUUGCUGCACAGAUGGUACGACUAGAUCAAGAAAUAAUAAACGCCAUAGAUAUUGAUCUUAUAAUGAACGGGCUUGCCGACAAUGAAGAUAUAAAUGGCACAACCCCCCUGAUCGUGGCUUGUCAGUAUAAGAAUGAUUUCGUGGCUCAAAGGCUGGUGAGUGCAAGGGCGAGGAUUGAUCAUGUCGAUCAUAAUGGAGAUUCUCCUAUAUAUUUGGCCGCCGCCCGUGGAAGCGACGAAACAUUGAAACUUUUCCUCCGCGAAGGUGAGUUUUGAAACUUUAGUUUAUGCAUGCAACUCGCACCCCAGGGGCCGGUUGUUCAAAGCUGGAUUAGCGCUAACCCUGGGUUAAAAUUAAACCUGUUUUUGUUUGUGUAUUUCUACACAUCUAUUUGUUUUGAACUUUAGAGAAGAAAACUCCAGCAACCGGCUCCUGAUGAACUACAAUCUUAAUGAACAUAGUUGAGCCCUUUCCUUUAUACAAAAUUCACACACCCCUCGUGAUAAAUUCCAUGUCUGUAAUAUCAUGUUGCGCUUCGUAACCCCCUUGAUUCCCCCAACUCAAUGUUGAGCUUGUGUCAUGGUAGAUUACCAAAAGUUGUUUCGGCUCUGUUGAAUUGUUUUGGGCAGUCAAGAGCACACGAAGAGACAGCGGGAAUUAAAGGGCAGAAAAGUUACAAAAUAUAGGCAUUAUAACAUUGAAAGUUUGUUAUUUUGAGCAGAUUACAGUCUUAAAAUGUUUUGGAUGAAAUACUCUCUGAUCAACCUUGCAAGUUUCACUUUUAUUCACUUUUGCUAUUCUUUUAUAUUUUUUUUAUCAGGGCUCCACUGAAAAUCACUUUCAUGAGUGGACCCCCCUCCUAAAUAUUGUAAUUAUUAUUAUUAAGUGCUGUAUUAUCGCGCAUGUAUAUACAGUACUUUUUCGCUACAAAAUGGCGGUGUCUAGUUUUACCAAAAGUAUUGAACAAAGCCGACGUAAUUACGUUAAUUGACGAAUAAAAUCUUCCUUUACAAAAACGUUCUAUUUCUGGCUCUGCUAAUUUAAUGUUGAGGCUAGCGAGAAUUGGCUACAAAGAGUCUUUGUGGUAUUAAUUAAACUAAUAAGUCAAAUAAAUUCACAAGCCAAACGUUGUCAGAUGGCACUCUUUAAGAAGAGUUUGUUUGGGGCAUAUACAGUUCCACGAAAAGAGAUAAGUGUUCUUUCUGCGAAUUGUCCUGUAACCAAGCUGUCAAUUUUUGGAUUUAAUGAAUAUUCCGCGAACCCCAGCAGGUGGUUUCAGAUUACUAAGUAUUUUAAAUUUUGAAUCACAAUAUGGCGAGUUGUACACAAACGACAUUGACAAUAUCAAUCCUAUUGAGUGAUUGGAUAAAAAAAAGUCGGCAGAAAAAGGUAUAUGGAUGACAUCAAGGAAAAUGUCUGUGCUUUACUGAACAGUGGUGGAGGAACGUUGAUAUUGAAAGCCCAAGCAGACGAAAAUAUAUUGGCGAAAGAUUGCUUCAGAUCUGACGAUGUAAUCCGUGCAGUAGAACAGAUAUUCCAACCAGUAAUAGGAACUGCUUGUGUGAACUCGCAUCUCUCAAUUGGCAACGAAACACCGGAUGAGAUUGUUUUAAACGUGCAAGGGUUUAAGUCGCUGUGUACUUUAAGUUACAAUAUGUUUCUGCCAACUGAUACACAAGUCCUGCCUAUAAAGUGUGACGAGUUGGCUACUGUUAUUGACUUGAUGAAUAUUAACCGUUUUAUCGAUGUAACCGAUUUUGAAAAUGCCCGUUCAAUUGAUCAAUUCGUUCAUAAUUCGGUUUUUCGUAUUAAGGAGUCUAAGACGGCGCAAUUCAAAUGCUUGAGAUCAGAAAAGACAAAACAUAACGACCUUGGAAGUCGGAUUAUACACAAUAAAUUCAUGACGUACGUUUCGGCGUUUGCCAACCAUAUUGGAGGGCGGAUUUAUGUUGGAAUCGACGACAAAACUGGUCGUGUUGUCGGAGAAACCAUUACUGAAGCCGAGCAAAAAGACUUAGAAAUGAAACUACAGAAACAUAUCGAAAAAAUGUUGUGGCCUGAAUAUUGUACGCCUCCUGUGAAAGGUAAACAAUGGGAUAUCAGUUUUCACGCAGUCAUCGGUAGCGACGGCUGUCCAGUCCAAUACGUCUAUGUCAUAGUGAUAACAAUUUAUGCUUCGUCAGGCGGUGUUUUUGUUAAAGCGCCUGAAAGUUACCAUAUUGUUCAAAUCAGAGCUGAAGAAUCUGAAAGUUCUGAAAUUCUUGAGAAUAAAGUUCAGCCCAUGGAUUUCACGAAGUGGAAAAACAGAUUACUCUACCCCGAAGGUCAAAGAGGUAUCCCUCGUACAUUAUCGAGAUGUGACUGGAGCUCAACUGAAUUGAGGAAAGAAUGCGAUGCAUUAGAUGGAAAACUGUUACGGCUUAUAAACUACGGCAAGUGGCGGGAUUUUGAACGAGAAGCGGAAAAAAAUCGGCCGAAAGCAGAUGACCCUAACAGAAUCGAAAUCGAACUGGUGCUGUUAUCCAAAUGGUAUGUCUACCAUUACAGAAAGGGCGAAAAAGAUGAUUUUAAAAGCGCGGAUAACGUUAUGGUGGAAUUUAACGAGAAAUUUUGCAAGUCGAAGGAUAGUUUGAUAUUUCAAGUUAGGGGACGUCUUUGUCUCUCUGCAUUGCAACGCACUCGCGGAGACCACGAAGGAAGCUAUAGAACAGCAAUGGAUUGCCUCUCUGAUGUAGAGAAGUUAUCCCCUUGCAUCCUAACUGCGGAGUUUUACGUCCACUUUGCGACCAUGCUUACGAUUAUCGAAGGGAAUGAGGUGCUUCGAGGCAAACUAAAGGGGGAUCUAAGCCAAAAUUCAUUCAAAGAGGAAGCGAUGGUAUUUUAUAAUAGAGCGCUCGAACAUUUACGUAGGAUUAGCUACGUCCCGUUAUCAAAAGCAGACAUGCAACAGAAAUCUCAUAUAAACAUGGCGAUCCUGAAGUUAGGCUGCUCCUUAUCUGGCGAUGUCGUAGACGAAGCUGUCAGCAAGGAGGCAAUCGAAGCCGCAAGCACUUGUCUCAAACGUGUUAACGAGUCCAUAGUCCAAGAUGGCAAUUCUCUGAGUGGUUUUAGAUCGUGUCAUCAUAAGUUCGCCACCUCGAGUUUGCACUACCGACGUUCGCAACAUGAAACGCUGAUAGAUAAGCGUAUGGGGCUACUAGAAAGUGCCAUUCAGGCUGCCGAAGAGGUCGAGUUUCUCGCCACAAAACGUAAAUUUCAUGAACUCUCGAACUAUGCACGUAAACAUGCCCAGGUUUAUACGAAUGAGUUGGAACAGCUACAAGCAAAGUCUUGCGAAGAUUGAGAAACUUUCACAGCAUUCCUGCUUCGAUAGCGCAUGACGUCACGUGACGUCACUACUUGUUAGUGUGCGCUAUCUUGGUUGGUUCGCUGUUGUAGUGAAGUAGUUGGCUUUAUUUCCUAAUUCCUGCUUUAUUGUAAGCUGAAUUAGGAACUGCUGAAAAUGGCAGUUUUAAAACACAAGUAUUGUUGUAUUUGUACACAUAGCAAUCUCCUUUUUUUAAUUAUUAAGAUGAAUAUUAAGAUAAAAUUAUUAAGAUAAAUUUUUGACGUGUUUCUCAAGCAGAAAACUGAAACAUGCCAUGGCCUAUCGAAGGGGGAGAUGGCCGUGAAACUCAUUAGAAUAACAAUAUAACUCAUUAUCUAUGUUGGUCAACGUUUAUUCAUAAAUCUGGUCCUUCACCGUCACGUGUGUAUUGUAUUAGCAAUAGCAAUGUUUUAGGAAAGUUAUACAUAUCCGUGACUCGAACAAUAGUGUAAAUUGGAAAUUGCUAUUGGUGGAUUUGGCAGAAAUACAACACACACGUGACGGUGAAGGACCAUAUAUAUGAAUAAACGUUGACCAACAUUGAUAAUGAGUUAUAUUGUUAUUCUAAUGAGUUUCAUAGCCAUCUUCCCUUCGAUAGGCUAUGGUCAUGCUUUAUCAGUGUACAAUUAUGCUAAAAUGAAGAGAUUUUAUAUGGUGCGCCAAAGAGAAAAUGAUGUCUGAAGUUCAGUAAGUUUUGCUUAUAUUGCUGUAUAAAUAUGGCGUCAAUUUUACAGCAUCAACGAUAUGAUUGUAUUAAUAAAACAUCUAUCUACCUAUCGAAACUAAUCUUCUGCACAUUUUUAAGGUGCGCAAGUCACGACCAAUCAACUGGACAUUUUCAAAAAGCGCGAACUAUACCAUAACAAAAGCACAAUACUUCAGGCCAUUCUGAAAAGUCGAAGCCCAAAAACAUUACAAGUCUGCCUGGAUAUCGAUAACGGCAGGGAUGCCAUCUUGGAUUGUUUGAGACAAGAGCUGGUUUCGGACCGAACUUUCAUUCACGCAGUCUGUGAAACGCCACUGGUCAGUCUGGUUGAACUGGCUAUUGAGGAUAACGAACACGUUUUGGAGAGUCUGGACAACGAUGACGUCACACCUUUAAUGAAGUAAGUGGUCGGUGGUGAAUUUAAGUGAGUGAGGUUAAGGCGUUUAGUGUACACACGUAAAAACGCACAAGUUGUAACAAACCUGCAGCAGAAUUGUAUCAAUGUUGUUCCAACAACACGUCAACAGGAUGUGUUCGCACUGCUUGUUCCCAGCUUGUUGACAACUUGCUACAAGGUUGUUGAGCUCAACAGACUUGUUUACAAGUUGUUCAGUCCAACAACUUGUUAUCGUCUUGCAAUUCAACAGUUUGUCAGCAAGUUGUAAGUGACAACCUUGGAGCAACUUGAUAACAUAACAGCAUUGUUACAACUUGUUGACAAGCUGUAUUGCCUGAAAUCGUUCUUUUAUUGACCACUUUCUCAUUUGGUACUGUAGAGCUACCGAAGCAGAACAGCUUGAUAUAGUCGAACUCAUUCUGAGUAAAGACUCUGGCAAGAAAACUCUGUCCUGGCAGAAGACGAGCACCAAAGAGACCGCACUUAUGAUAGCUUGUAAAAAAGGGUUUCAUAAGAUUGUCAAGUUUAUCAUGGAAAAUUCAGAUACAAAUAUGAAUCUUGGCCAAAAGGAUAAGCACGAUAGCAAUGUAUUUCACCAUGCGGCAAAACACGACAAUCUACUGUGUGUUAUGAUUGAUAUUUGCAGACGUACGGUAUGUAUACUUUUAAAAAACUACCGUGACUUGUAUCUUAGCUAGCUGAAACAUAUUCAAAAUAUUGCGAAGUUUUGAACCAAGGCCCUUACUACUAAACCCUUGAUUCUUUUUUACUAAUAUUCAAUAACGUUUCUUUAAAGGAGAAAUAUAAGAAUUACAAAGAUUAUCUGAACUUGAAAGACAAAGUUGGUUACGUCGCACUACACCUUGCUGCAACAAGUGGAUCAUACAAAGUUAGUUCAUGAUUGUGAUUAAGUUGUGGGGUGCGCUAAUCAACCUUACUUGUAGCUGACAGCUAAGCUGGAUUGCGAAGCACGCAGCUCAACCUGAUUGAGUCAAAGGCUUCUAGGGCACCUCUAGCAGCCACCGUAUGACUCAUUUCCAAUCGCUGAUCAGUUAGGGUCGGACUGGAAAGGUCAGUUAGGGGCUGAUCCAAAUUCAGCCUGUCAGCAUUCGCUAAGUGUCAUGAGUCCGCAGCAAGAAUCGAACCCACGAUUUCACAGGUGAAAGGCGCUUGGUCUGACAGUAAGGCCUAAGGAUUAGUUUUUGGUGGGGGAGAAAAACAUCGAAGCACAAGAGAGAACCACAGGGAAGUUACCCAGCCUAAGUAAAUCCCAACCCCCAGUGGUGUGUGUGUGGGGGGGGGGGACACGCCACCAGCUUGUUCUGCUCCAAAACGAAAACAAACAAAAAAGUGUAAAUAGGAAUUAGAAAUCUAUCGAAAGAGUAGUUAUCAGUUAUCAAAAAAUAAAACAUGUUUCUGUAAUUUCAGAAUGUGAAACUUUUAUUAGAAAACGAUGUACCAUAUGACACACUAAGCAGCAGUAGCAGAACAGCCCUGCACUAUGCUGCAUUUUCUAACAUCGAGACAGUCGAAGCCUUGCUGGAAUUUGUUAAGAAUAAGAUCGACAAGCCAGAUGCAGUAAAGCAGUUUAUUGAUGCAGUGGAUUCUAGACUACAGACAAGUUUACACAUCGCUGCCUCCUUUGGAAAAUGGCAGACGGUGUCCGUUUUGUUGGACAAUGGUGCAGCCAUAAAGUGGUAUGAAGCUGGGAGCGAUUUUAGUGCUAACCCUGGGUUAAAAUUUAACCUGCUGUUUUAAGUUUAUGUAUUUCUGCACGUCUGUUUAUUUCAAAAUUUUAGAGAGGAAAAGUCCUACUGAUCCAGACUGAUUGCUCUAUCAUUUCUAAACUGUUCUCCGUUUCGGUCCAGUAGUAAAGACCAUCUAUUAUUGGUCCAACGUUACUGCAGCAGGAAACUGAGUUGCCUGGAAAAAAACUCAAUUAAGUGUUUGGUAUAGACUGAAAUUGGCAGCGCUUUUUGCGACUUAGGCAAAGUUAUAAUCAGGGGAUAAUUAUAUUGAUCACGCUGAUCGCAGAAGAAAAAGUGUAUUCUCACUAACUUCAUACCUUUUUCCUUUAUAGUGACGAAGAAAAUGAAACUGCUCUUCACUUAGCCAGCUUUGCAGGUUGCACAAAGACGGUAAAAUUGUUGAUUCGAAACCAACCGGCAAUAGUGAAGCAUGAGAAUCGUGUCGGCGAAACAGCAGCCAUGUUUGCAGCACUCGGCGGCCAGACGGAGGUGCUAAAAAUCCUUUUCGACAAUAAAGCAAAGCUCUGGGCUGAGAGUCAUGGCAGUAGUGUCGAAAAGAGAAAGACAUGCUUGGAUUGGGCGGUUGAGAACAAUAAACCGGAUACUGCAAAAGCUAUAUUGGAACACACUAACUGGAAGGAGGUGGGUUUGUAGUGAUUGGUUUCACUAAGAGAACCAUCAGGGCGGAUCUAGCUUCAUCUGCAAGGAAGGGUGCAGGUUUUCCAUGGGGUGGUGCAUGAGGGAGCUUUAUUGCCCACUUUCCUCUGCAGUCUGCAACACUACUAUCCCAACAUUACCAUUAUAUGAGAUUACCGAAUAUGCACUAUGUUCGCCGUUCUGUAAUGUUUUACAUUAUCUUUUGUAUAUAAAGUUCAUGUCGGCUUUUUAUCACUUAUGCGUGACUGGACUGUUGCUCUAGCACAGUACAGUGCAUUUGCUUGUUGAAAUACAGUAUAUUUGAAAAUAUGUGUAGCAUGCAGUGUAAUUAAUAUUUCCUUUCAAUUUAUAGACAAUGGAAAAAUCAGCCUUUUCGCCAGAUGGCUUAUUGGCAAUGAUGGUGAAAUCUAUGCCAAAUGUGGCGAUAGAUGUUCUCAAUAAAUGUGAAAAAAAGGAAAAGAAUAAAACUGAAUACGACUUCUUUGCUUUACAAACGAAAGGAGGUAUUAUCUUGAAGCAUUUCUAUUUUCUUAUAAAAAUAUUGGGUAACGCUAAUUACCGAAAAUUACAAUCCAAAGCUAAACAGAACAUUAAUCUUACUUAAACUGUGACUAUAGGGCUGGUUUAGACUAUCAAAGCUUCUGUGAACACAGUAGGAAUUUUGCUUGGGUAAAUUCGUUUUGAAGGAUUUGUAAGAAAUGUUUGAGCAAACUGAUUCAGUGUUAAACACCGAAUCAGUUUCUUCAAAACGUAGAAUUUACCCAUGCAAAAUUCCUACUGUGAUCACAGAAACUUUGAUAAUGUAACCCAGGCUUAAGGCUAGAAAUAUAAUUACACGUAACCAUCAUAGAAAAAAGUGUAAACGUUUGUGGUAAAUAUUAGAUUCGAAUUGCUAUCUAUUACUAUAUUAUUUUUUGGCAAAUUCAAUUACCUAUUACGAUUUUUGUAGAAAAGCCAAGUGGUGAGAAAAGAAUAGACAAUGUAACUGCCAUGGAAGCGUUGGGGACGAUGGCAGAGAACUCAAGGAUUGAAUGUUUAAAUCAUGCAGUGGUUCAGAAAUUUAUGGAACAGAAAUGGUCACUUCGUGCUAGAAAGUGGUAUUUAGGUUGUCUUUCUAUCUAUGCAACAUUUCUACUUUCUUUCACGGCCUAUAUUUCGUUGUUUACUCAGGGUAAGUCCUAAUAAUCUGCAUUUUUUGCCAGGGGCGGAUCUGCGGCCUUAUUGCCCACUCUACUCUGCACUCUACAACGCUACUAUCUUAUUUGAGAUGGCCAAAUGUGCAUGUUCGCCGUUCUGUUACGUUUUCCAUUAUUUUUUGUUUAUAAAGUUUAUCUAGUAUCGCUUUUUAGUCACGUAUGCGUGACUGGACAGUUGCUGUAGCACAGAGCCAUUGCACUAGAGAAUACCUCGACAAAUAUCCAAUUUUAUAAAAACAUGGAUCAUUCGAAGUUUCAUUCAACACCAUUCUUGCUACAAGCGUACCUGUUUUAAUUUUAGGUUAUGCAUCAGAUGCUCGUUGCAUGAUAAUCUCGAGGAUAAUAUGUUAUGUCUUUGCCACUUUGAAUAUCAUCAGGGAAUUACUUCAGGUAAAAAUAAGUUUUGUGUAGUAGGUUGGCAGAUCGAAAGUUUCUUUUUACCCCGGUUGUGACGUCACCAGUGACGUCACGCGCAUAUUGAACCUAAGACCCAGAUAUACCGGACUCCAUGCUGUUUUUGCUCAAAAAGUUUCGAAAACAAAAUACGGGGACGUUGUAAAGGGUCUUAGGUUUAACUUUACGUAACUAUAUAUAUAUUACUUAAUUUUACUUUGCUUUGCUUUACUUGAGGAUAUGCUGAUUUCUCAUUAAUAUUGUAAUACUUAAUCCUAUGUCCACAGGUAUAUCAUCAAAAGUCACAGUAUUUCAGAAUAAUAUCCAACUAUCUCGACGUGGUCAUGUAUAUUUGCGUCUUCAUAUUUCUUCCGUACGGCAAGAAAAGCAACAUGCAACUGCAGGCAGGUGCUAUAGCCAUUUUUCUCGGCUGGAUAAAUUUCACUUGGUUUUUAAAACGAUCUUCAAUUUAUGGCAUCUAUAUUAUCAUGACCAAGAAGAUAUUCUUCACGUUUAUCAAGGUA